ACACAUAUGAUAGCCUGAUAUUUACGGCCGAUUAAGCGCUCGAAAUGCGCGAAAGCAAGCAGCAGAUAUCGAGGUUCCAAAUGCAGGCUAAGAAUGAGUGCCGGGAGCAACUCUGGAAGACGAGAAGGAAUGUACGAAAUAUAGAUGACAUAAGUCAGGGCAAAGGAAUGCUAUCAACCCUUUGGCAAGGUGGGGGGGGGCGCAAAAUGUCCAGGACAGCAUACAAAAUGGUGCGCCAAGGACACCACAAGUCUUCCCUUCCAGUCAACCGUUUCUGAUAUCGCGCAUACGUCUACGAACAAUCAGCUCCUGAGUAAGGUGAUGGACAGGUAAGGAAUUUCAACUGUGGCAUGCGAUCUCUCGGCUGAAUGGGCGGCCGAGCGCUCAGAUGCCGCAAGGUACUGGGGGGAGGCAGGGAGCGAUGUCCACUGGGGUUUGCGCGUACACUGCGAGGAUACUAGAGCGAUGUCAGUACGUGCCCGGCGGGCCCCAAUGAAAGUGCAAGGUCCAUUUUAUUGACAGCGCCAAGGAAAGACUUCAGGUUCCUCGACAUUUGCCCAUAUGAAUGUAUGUUGAAGUCCUGCGAUAAUCAUGAAUGUAGCGGACUGAACGCUGAGAACACUGAAUACAACCGAUGAUCACUGCAUUAAUGGCAAGGUUAAGCUC